AAAAUCUGUCAAUGAGGAGGAUAGGAGAAAAGGGUAAGGUAUGGGCAUUGGGCGGGUGUGCCCUGUGAUAUUAUAUUAUUAUGCGUGCGCACCUCACCUCACCUCGCCUUGCCUUACCUUACCUUACCUUAUCUCACUAUAUUUGGUUCUUUCUUUCUAUUACAACACUACACCAUCUAGAUUCUCUAUAAGUCUAAAGUCUUUCCUCCUUUUCAUUCCCACAACAAAAUUCUCUUGUCUUUUCGUUUCAUAUUUCAUCAACCAUACAAUUUUCGCGUCACCUAUAAAAUUCCUAUCUUUUCCCUCUACUCUCAUCUGCUUACUUUAUAUGUUAAAGGUGUAAAUCAGGUGAUGAUAUAUAGUAUAUUUAUCUUCUAGUUGCAUGAUCUUUGACCUCUUAUUGGGUCUUCCAAACUAUGGAAUUUGAAUACCAGGAGGAAUACAUCAGGAAUUCAAGAGAUGUCCAGCUUUUUUCUUGCAGAUGGUUGCCUCUUUCUCCUUGUAAAGCUCUUGUUUUCCUCUGCCAUGGAUAUGGCAUGGAAUGCAGCAGUUUCAUGAGAGGAUGUGGUAUCAAGCUCGCAUGUGCUGGCUAUGCAGUGAUUGGUAUGGAUUAUGAGGGGCAUGGAAGGUCGAAGGGAGCCCGCUGUUAUAUUAAGAAGUUUGACAAUGUUGUGAAUGACUGUUAUGACUUUUUCAAGUCAGUUUCUGAGCAGGAUGAGUAUAGGCAUAAACGGAGAUUUUUAUAUGGAGAGUCAAUGGGAGGAGCUGUUGCGUUGCUACUCCACAAAAAGGACCCCGCCUUUUGGCACGGUGCAGUCCUUGUUGCACCCAUGUGUAAGAUAUCGGAAAAGGUGAAGCCUCACCCCGUUGUUAUUGAUAUCUUGACAAAAGUGGAGGAGAUUAUACCCAAAUGGAAGAUAGUUCCCUCGAAAGAUGUUAUUGAUUCGGCAUUCAAAGACCCUAUCAAGCGCGAAGAGGUUAGGAGUAACAAGCUCAUAUAUCAAGAGAAACCCAGGUUGAAAACAGCUCUGGAAAUGCUGAGAACGAGCAUCAGCCUCGAGGACAGCUUAAGUGAGAUAACCGUGCCAUUCUUUGUACUGCAUGGGGAGGCAGACAUAGUGACAGACCCAGAAGUGAGCAGAGCACUGUAUGAGCAAGCCAGUAGCAUAGACAAGACCAUCAAACUGUACCCAGGAAUGUGGCACGCUUUGACAUCCGGAGAGCCUGAUGACAAUGUUGAGCUUGUUUUUAGCGACAUUGUGGCAUGGCUUGACAAGCGCUGCGACCUUGACAACAACAGGACGCUGCAGAGCCAGUUCCUUGCCCAUCGUGUGGCCCCUGUUGUGAGAUCUGCACCCACGACACCCUUGAUGAACGGCAGAAGCAAAAAGAAGCAACAAUCGAGGGCGUAUGGUAAAUAUUUAUGUGGUUGGAAAGGACCUCGUAUGCAUCAUCACUCGGCGAUGUAGAGCCUUUGAUAGUUACUUCUUGUGUGUGUAAACCUUGUGUUUUUGUGUUGAAGGGUUGGGGAAGAACUCUACUUUUAGUUAUAGUACAUGACUAUAAAAAUAAAGGAAAAAUUAACACUGUUUAUAUAAUUUCCCUAAAUAAGCUCUUCGUUUCU